CGCAUACCCUCCUUUCGCCAUACCCUCAAAAGCUGCACAGGCCAGCACCUAAUUCUUGCUCCUCUGUAUUACUCUUGCUCUUCCAAAACCAAACAUGGGUCGCCCGCUCUUCUCCGCUUCUCGCCAGCCCGCUGUUCGCGUCCAGCCCGAGCCACAGCAACCCUCCUACGAGACCUGGACUUACGCGAACGCCUUUGACCCCGACGCGGAGGAGUUCUUUGAGAGUGACGAUGCUGUCUACGAGGCCUUUAUCGACCCCGGCCAGCAGAUCCACAUUCCUGCAUCGCCUGCCACGGACCUCACUGUCAUCGACGUAGGGGAGAGCUCCAGCUCCAGCUCGGGCGCGUCCAGUGGCCGCGGGAGCCCGAUGGAAAUCGUGGAUGUCGAAUCCUUCGACAGGGAGGCCAGGAGCGCUGGUGUGCGCGUAUUGGACGAUACGCGUAUCCCCGUUCCUGCCCCGCGUAACCCCGCCUUGGACGCGCAACUCGACGCGGGGCGCGGCCUUCCCGCUGAGGAGAGGGUGCAAUACUACAUGUCCUUGAUCGACAGGAUGGAAACCGCCCGCCAGCGCGAGCGCGAAGAGGGGCGUCCUAGCGUGCGUGAGCGCGUCCCGACUUACAUCGACUUGCCUCCGGAGGAAUCGUAUGUCUCCUCCCCGCAACUCGUGUCUCGCGUUCCCGCCACCCCUCCGCGUCCGGGCACGCCUCCCUCCCACUCGACGCCAUACCUUCUCUCGCCCUCUCCGCCGCCAUCGGUCACGCCGCGCCUCUAUUCGUGGACGACAUUCCCUUCAGUCACCAUCCCGCCGCCGGCCAGCCCCCUCUCUAACCGCUCGGCGCGUAUGUCUGUGGCGCGCAUCCCUCCCCCUUCCCUCGUCCCGGCGCACCGCGCUGCAUAACGCGAUUAGCCACCCAUGGUGCCCUUUUUGCUUGGCUUAACUCCCGCGACACCCACCCUCUUUCUCAUCCAUGCUCGCCUACAUCGCCAUCGCCAUUCACAUCUACAUGCUCAUUCAUCUACCGCAGCACUUCGUCCACAGUGCUCGAUCCCUCAUUCCCCUUGUAUGCUUGCUUGCUCACAGGCACCACGGUCCUUGGAGUGUACUGUAUCGCUACCCGCUCAUUUUCACAUAGGUCUACACGAUUUGCCUCAUUCGGUGUCUCAAAAGGGUACAUGUACACACAGUAUGGCUGUCGUCUGCUGCUAGUCAUCGUUAUGCAGUGUUGUCUUACUACCAUAGUUACGUCUCCACCAAACAUAUUAC